AUGCGCACCAGCGCCGUGCGUGCAUCGGGCCGCAUCGGAUCAACACAUAUUGCCGGAGUCGAAUCGGAGCUAGGCCGCCCGAAUCGAUACCAGGUCGGGCCGAUCGAUUGCGAUGUGGGCCCUGGCCUGUCGACGGCGGCCGCGAAGCUCGUCGGCAGCAGCCUCGAGGCUCGGCGGCGCGGGCUCGCCCCAGGAGUCGCGGGGCGCGGCGGGAGGCACGCCGGCAGUGCGAUCGGUGCACCGACCUGCA